AUGAAUCAAGUGCCAGUACGAAUCAUCUCACUUCUGAAAGCAUGCCGCGGCAGCCACUUGAAUGUCAUGGGCGGUAGACUCACAAGAUUAAUGGUGUCUCCUCCUCCUCCAGAGCUACAACUGCUAAAAUCACCACCCCCCUCACCCUCAACAACAGCAACAGUCCACCACAUUUACCCCUGCCUUGACCUGUAUUCAGCGUCUACCAACACGACGAAUAUGACACCCCGGCCAAAAACAAAGGCCUACCGCAGGUAUCUGAAGCAACUCCUCCCGGUUGCUUGGUCCCACAAUCCCUUAACCACCCUCAAGCUCAUCUGCCACAUCGUAGACCAUUCAACGACAGAUGCCAAAGCCUUCUACACGGCGGCUUUUUGGCUCCAUCACAACCACCCGAAGACCCUCGCCUCCAACCUUCUGCUUAUUGCCGCCGGGUUCGGGCAUGGGCGUGGUUUGUAUGACCUUGUGCGGAUUCUCUACCGGAUUCUUGCAGGCCAAGACGAGGUCGAUGAAGAGAUGAUGUUCGCCAUGGAUGACAAGGUGGCUGUCGAGAGGUACGAGACUGACCCCGAUUAUCGCUUGUUACACGACCUCGUUUCGGAUCUUUUUGCCCACUGCCUGAACCGUGAUAUUCAACUUUUGAAGAAGAAGCGGAUGCAAAUGGAUAAUAAUAUUCAUGAUGAGUCUUCUUCUAAUACGUGCUUGGAGACCACUAACGCGGCCUUUUGGCUCGACGAUCGAGCCACUUUCCUAUGCGAGAGUAUUGCGAGGAAGAUUUUCCAGCAUCCACACCCACAAAGAGAUGUUAAGGAGGAGGAGGAGGAGGAGGCCGGUUACGCCUACAGACUCCGAGAGCGGCUGAUGAAGGAGGUUGUAGAGCCCUUGAGGAAGCCAACUGCCUCGGCUGACGAAGGAGGUUAUGUUCUUCAGUCGUUUGAUGGAGGACCUGACUGCGUGUUUCAGAUGUAUUUGGAGGACCUGAAAGCUGAAGCUUCCAAGAUUGAGAACCCGUCGGCUCUGCUUCCACAUCAGAUCAUACGCUAUGUGAACGAUGAGGAUCUCGGGCAAGUGGCUGAGCUUCAGUGGAACGCAAUGCUGGGGGACAUGAUCAAGGGCACAUGCACAGGCAAAACUAAGAAAAAGAAGAAGAAUUUGAACAACAGCUUGGCUGUUUGUGAUGUCUGCCCCUCAAGAAUGAGUGGAUCCUCCGCUGAUGUAUCGGUGGGCUUGGGACUGUUAGUGUCUGAUCUGAGUGAAGAGCCGGCAUGGAAAGGAAAGGUGAUCAACUUCAGCCGAAACCCUCAUCUGCAUUCCAUACCACAAGGCGAUGGCCUCAAGCCCAAGUGCGACUUUUUGAGGAGGAUGGACUGCCUGGAGGGGGAGGUUGAUAUUCAAAAGGUGUUCGAUUUGAUUCUGCAAGUUGCUGUGCAUGGGAAUUUGAAGCCGGAACAGAUGAUCAACAAGGUGUUUGUGAUCACCAGCCGGCUAGACUAUGACUUGAAUUGGGCACAUCCAUGGGAGAGUGAUUAUGAGGCAAUACGAAGCAAGUUCAAGGAACAAGGGUACGGGGAUGUGGUACCACAGAUAGAGUUUUUGAGUAUGGAGGUCAUUCCAUACAGGAAUGACGAGUUGGUCGAGUGCUUCUUGGACACUGAUGGGAAAUGA